AUAAAUACCAUGUUGAGAGAGCCAAACCCUGAUUUUGAAAUUUUGGGAACCAAUGCAGCCAAAGUGCCGAGGAGAACCCAAGAGCAACAGAUUAGUGCAAAGAACAUUGAUCCAUUAAGAGGAAGUAAGGAGUAUCCACAGCCAGACAACUCUUUUAACCAGUCUUAUGUGGAACCUCAGUCAAGAAAAUCUAUUGUCAAUAACAGUUAUAAUCAAGCUUUGGAAGAUUCUCCAUCAAGAGGAAACGAGACUAACUAUGUUCAGUCUUUCAACAUGAUAGACAUCAACCAGUCGACUGAUUAUAACGACUAUGAUACUCUUUCUCCGGAUAGUCAGGCAAGACAUACCUCCUUGUUUGGGCAGAAGUAUCCAUUUAGUACUAGAAACCAGGCUAAUAAUGUCUCUAAAAUUUCAAGAAAGAACCUGUUUAACCCUGGUGCAACGAUCAGCCUUGAACAGAGCUUUAAGCAAAGAGAUGAUAUAAUCCAAAAAAUUUAAAGAAGAGAAUAAAAAGCAUUCUUCUAAUUUAAUCGAUCCUCCCUCAAUUAAAAGGAAUGAAGGGAAAGUUCCCAAGCUAGCUACUCAUAAGCCACAGGGAUCUUCUAGGGUUGUACUAUCCAAAUAUUUGAAUAGUAUGAACUCUGCUGAUUACUUUCCAAAAGAAAAGAACCUCAAGACUGAUUAUAGGCUGUCCCCUCAGAACAAACUUCCUCAGAUCAGGGCUUUCUUGAAUCCGAACUUUAAAAGACCUCAGAAGAGGACUAAAAGUAAGACGCAAUGUCAGUCUGUAUGGAGCUGAUACCGAAAGAGUCCAGUGGCUUCCAACUCUAGAAGUCGUGAUACUGAAAUCAUAGGUGGGAACAACCUGUAUUCCAUUCAGAAGAAGGUAAUAGAUGACAGAUCUGGUACAAAUAUUUAUGUAAAGGAGAACCAGUCAAUUCCUGAUAAGAUUAAUAAAGCAAUUAUGCCUUUGAUCCAGUCUCUUCAGCAGGCUAAUGAUAAGACCCAUGAUCAGGCUCAGCCUUCGAUCUCAUUAAAAACAUUAAAGCCUGAUGCAAGACUUUGAGGGAUUAAAAGGUACACAAAGGCAGAAUUAAGGAAGAAAAGAGGCAAAAUGGGUAAAAACAGAGCCAAAACUAUCGAGCGUUUCCAAGUCCCCAAAUUCUCAACAACUGGGUCUGAAAGACAGCACAAGAAUGGCUUCAAGAUUGAUUUUGAACACUGGUAUAGAGUAAUGGGACUUACUGAAGAUAAAGUCAGUCCUAAAGAAAAGAGAAAAAGAGAGUUCCUCAAGUUCCUCAGUGGCCUGAAUGAACUUGAAACCAGACUUUACUGGAAAUCUAAAUCAAAGGAAAUCGAAGAAACUUAUAGCCUUGAAAAUAUACAGAAGAUUGCUGAUGAGAAAUGGAGGAAGGUCAAACCCACUUGGAGGAACACUGCAGCUGCAGACAAGAUUCAUUUCUUUGCAAUGGUGGACCAGGAGCAAGAGAAAGCUGUCUAAUUCUCAAUAUUUUCA